UAACUUUGUUAAGACUGCACAGAAUGUGGCAUGAGAUGGCGCUCAUGUCUGGGGAGGGCAGACAGUGUAUACAAGAGACCUGCCCCAAAGGGGACCUGCAAGGCUCAGAAACACUCGUAAAAUGUGAGUCAGUAUUUGGGUUCUCGGGAUAAUGGAAAUAUUCCAGUCCCUCUUGUAUCUCCAGUAACACAACACGGUCAGGAUGCUUUGGUUACCCAGCUGCCGGGUCUCCAUACAGGUAAUGACAUGUGGGAUUGAAACGUGGAUAAGCCAAGUGAGAGCAGCUGGGGUUGGAGGUGAGGCUGAUUCUCCUAAACAGCAUAUGGCUGAGCAGCGACUGGAUGCCUCGGAAGGCAGCGUGGUGAGCAAAAAUGACAUGGGACACUGCAGCCUGGUGCCCCGGGUGCAUAACUGACUCAUCCAUCAGCCAGGAGUCUCCAGGGAAGAGGCUGUACAUGUUAACCUAAAAAUGCUUUUGCCCCUGACAUUUAACCCAACCAUUUCUUAGUCACCAUCUUUAGAUACCGCAAAUAGCUCCCACUGGACGCGCAUGCCUCUUUAAGGUCCAUGCAAACACUGCUCUCCUGGCUAAACAGAUGCCCUGAUGCUGAAGCACUUAGCUUAUCUGACCUUCACAUUCAUUAUUUUUAUUGCCCUAGCAGGACUUUUAACGCUCUCUUGUCCCGUCCUUGCGCAGUCCUGUGGUCUGGCGAGUAGACUCAGUUCUGUCUUAACCCUAAGGGAUAAGUGCUUAAGCCCGGGCAGGUGCUCCAACUUCUCCCCAGCACGCGCCUGUCUGAGCUCCAAGGUUUUCAGGAGACAGGAGCAGUCUUAAAUCUCCUUGAGCAGGAGUGUAUGAGGUGGCAUUACAAUUCUUGCAAAAACUGAAAGUGAAAUGAGGAAGGCCGAUUGAGCAAUCAAUGGAAGGGCGAACGCCAGUGCAGCGACUGCACGGUUGGUCGUGGCAGAGAUGCAGAGGGGCAGAAAGAAGAGAAUCGAGGAGAACUCUCCUGAGGGGCAGAGCCUGGCCCGGCGAUGUAGUCAGAGCAGGGCACACACAGAUAACAGGAAAUGAUCCGGCAUCCCCUGUGGUCACUUUCUCUAAAGGCCCUAACCUCCCAAGUGCAAGUACUGCAAUGGAUGACUCCACCGAAAGACAGCAGUCCCGCCUUCCCUCUGGCAUCAAAGAGACAGAAGAAAUGAAACUGAAGGAGUGUGUUCCCCUCCUCCUGCAGAAGGAAAGCCCCUCUACCCGCCUCUCCAGAGAUGGCAAGCUCCUGGCCGUGGCCUUGCUGCUGGCCCUGCUCUCCUGCAGCCUCUCGGUGGUGUCUCUCUAUCGGGUGGCCGCACUGCAGGCCGAUCUGUUGAACCUCCGGGCAGCAGUGCGGGGCCACCAGGCGGAGCAGCUGCCUGAGCUUCCUGGGUCAGACACAGCUUCCCCCAAGGCCGACCUGGAGGAAGCUGCAGCUAUCACCACAGGACUGAAAGUGAGUUCAGCUUCAGCCCCAGGACCAGCCUGCCUCCUCGCCACUCCGCCGCCCCCAGCUCCGAGAGAAAGCAACUCCAGCAGGAGCAGCAGGAGGAAGCGUGCCGUGGAGGGUGUAGACGAAACAGCCAUUCAAGAUUGCUUACAACUGAUCGCAGACAGUGACACACCAACUAUACGAAAAGGAUCUUACACAUUUGUCCCAUGGCUUCUCAGCUUUAAAAGAGGAAGAGCCCUGGAAGAAAAGGAGAAUAAAAUAUUGGUCAAAGAGACUGGUUACUUCUUUAUAUAUGGUCAGGUCUUAUACACUGACAACACCUUUGCUAUGGGACACCUGAUUCAGAGGAAAAAAGUCCACGUCUUUGGAGACGAACUGAGUCUGGUGACUUUGUUCCGAUGCAUUCAAAACAUGCCCGAGACACUGCCCAAUAACUCAUGCUAUUCCGCUGGCAUUGCGAAGUUGGAGGAGGGAGACGAACUUCAGCUUGCCAUACCACGAGAGAAUGCGCAGAUCUCACGAGAUGGAGACGGCACUUUCUUUGGUGCCUUGAAGCUGCUGUGAGCUGCUUGCACCGCACGGCUCCUCCCCACCCCGGUGUAACCUCUCUGGGGAAGCUGACCUGCUGCUUGCACCGUGCACAGCUCUUCCCUACCCCGAGCGUAACCUCUCCGGGGAAACACUUAGCAAAAGGAACAAACAGUAGUCACUAUGGCCUUCUCUGUGAGCUAUUUGUUUUGGUUUGCUGAAACUAGUCUGAAACAGGAAAUUUAACAGCCGGCCGCAGACUAUCAUGUGAAUUACAAGAAAUAAAGUCCAUGUAAGGAAAGAUGGAAUUAGAAAGAUGUGUCACUCUAAUUCCUCAUUGAGCAAUUGGCUCACGUCUUCCUAUCUUUGGAGGAAGCGCACAGCUCAAAGGGGCAUUAGGAUUUCUGCAGACCUGGGGCGCUGUGACUGGCCAUACCUGGAGUGUUCGCAUCUGUGGCACAAGAUGGGCAAUCUUUGGUUUAUGCUGUUUCCUUUUCUAUUAAAUAGGCCCCUUUUCAUUUCAGCGAACAUUACAGAAAUAAAACAAGAAUGCUAGAAAUCUUGCAACAGACACACAAGCCAAUCAUGGCAGGCUUCAACUUAAAUACUAACUAUUAUACUCCAAGCAGGAUAUUGUUUACAUCUUUUGGGACUUAACUUGUAAUUGUUAUGUCUCUGAGUUUAUCCAAAUGAUUUUCACAGGAGGGAAGAGUCUUUCUCAUUCAUCUGUGCCUCUCUGCACUUUCUGCCAUGCAAGCCAGCUGCCCUCGAAACUCAUAUAGAACAACUCCAAUUCAUGCACAGAACGCAGACACUGAGCUAUAACUGCCCUUCUGCUGGUGAGAAUGCAAUAUGGUUUCUGCUUUAUUUCCUGUUUUUCUGUUUCAAACUGCUGCUGUUAUAGUUCACAUACCCAGCCUGUUGGUAGAGAAUUCUGCACUCGCUCGACAGGCGCUGAGGUUUAGCACAACGUCGUAGCAUCCUUAAGUAUAGCAGAGGCCGGUCCCGCCUUGCCAGGAUCGGGAGGUCUCAGAAGACAGUAUCCUGAUUUCAUUUUUGAAAAAGCUGGGCUUGCGAGUGCUGCUGUGCUGACCUCUCACGCCUUCAGGGCUCCUCGGUGUGCUUGCCUUCGUUCCUCAUGUCAGCAGGAUUUGUCUUAAAUGGUAGAUGCAGGAAUAGACUCCAGUCUACACUAAUUUUCCCAUCUACCCAAAUACAUUUUAAGAUAGACUUUUCAAAACAAAGAACAUGCUUUAAAUUUUGCAUCCAAAAUUAAACUUGUUUAAAUCUCUGAUUUUUCUGAUUCUUGCUUUUUAGUUCAAAUAGAAUAUAUUUUUGCAAUGUAUUUUGUUUUACAAGGUUAUACAUAAAGAAUCGAAAUGGAUGUGGUGGGGUUUGGAUAAUGAAGAAAUGGUUAGUAUUUUUCCUUGUGUUGCUGCUAAUGUGAAUGUCAAAUAAAACAGAGUGCCUUUGGCCUCAUCGUCUGAGUUUGUCAAUACCUAUCGUUUGGUUUCUGUGUAAACAAGUAAAGAUCACUUCAAAAAUCUGCUGAUGGACCAGUGUG